UUUAUGUUUCUUAGACAUUAGAUACGUCUAAGAAACAUAUAUUAGGCUACAUGUACUGCCUGGGAAUGUAAUGGUGCGAAUUAUUUAUUGCGAAGUGCAAAAGCCCGCGCGCUUUUAUUUGCAAAGAGAUGACGCUGGCAAUACAUUUCACGCGCAAUAAUAUUUGUUUCACGCUCUGGUUUUGCGUUAAUAGAAAGAGAUAAUAUCGUACGUCGUUGUCUUUCGUCAAGUCAAAUUCCGGAAAUGAUGAGCGGCACUUAACGGUACCACGUACUACGCGACGAUACUGGAAAGACAAUUAACCUCUCUGUACUCGCACGCCUCGCGCGCCGCGCGCUUCAUCGUCGAUCCCGCGCGCGUGACGGCGAUCUGCAUUUUCAGCGCGACUGCACUUUUCGCACGGGGAUCGCAAACGCGCCGUGAGGCACGGCCGAUCGUCCGUCGCGCGCGCAACGUGACACGUCGUUUCUAGGUUAAAGGUCCCCGCGUCUCCACGACGGUCUUCUGCUGGACAGGUAGCGCCACUCGCGCGACCCGCGCGAAAAGCUGACGCGCGUUUCCUCGUCGCCGAGGGUCGCGAUGUACUUGAAAAUUGCGCGAGAUUCGUCGACGCCGCCGGGCGAGUCGCCCUCGAGUGCCUCGCGCCGUUGAGAAUCGCGCUGACGUGACGCGGCAGCGUGCGGCAGACCUCUCGGUCGCUCGCUUGACUCGCGCGCUGGCGCUACCGAUUUCCGGCGGAGGCAAGCCCAUGUGGACGGCCGCGACGGGAGCUCCGAUCAGUCCGUGACCAGCGUGUUCUUCGUGCGCCCGUAAUCCCCCGUGCUGUCGCACGUCUCGCGCACGCCGUGCACUCGACCUCGCAUCUCGCCUCAUCCGGACUCUGCCGCGUCGCCAUGGCGGACUUGGACGAUUUCUUCGCGAAGAAGGACCGCAAGAAGGCCAAGGGCAAGAAAUUUACCACGACCGACGAGGUCGCCAAGAAGCUGGAGGAGACGGGCAAGCGAGUCGAGAAGCCCAAGCCCAAGGAGAAGCCAGCGAAUCCGGAGGGCGAGGAGUCCCAGCACACCGAGGAUGAGGACGAGUGGAAGGAGUUCGAGGAGGAGAAGAAGGAUUACAGUGGUCUGAAAAUCGGGCAUUUGACGGUGAACGACAGCAUGGACGCGGAGUCGGACGACGAGAGGGGCAACGGCGAGAAUAGCUCUGACGGCGAAUGCGGCGAGGGCGGCACAAAACACACGGGACCAUGGAAGAAGCCGGUGGAUGUACCGGUGGAGGUGCCCGUGGAGGUGACAGCACCACCAGCACCACCCGCUCCUACAGGGAACACCAGUUACAAAGCGCCACACUUAAGGAAUCAGCCCACGUUCUCUAGUCCGCGACCGCGAGGGCGGAAUGUCGCACCCGAUAUUAACAGCGAGGAAUACUUCCCCACAUUGAACUCGAAGCCACAGCAGAACAACGGCAUGGGGAACGCUCCAUGGGGCAGACGGCGGCGAGACGAGGGCGCAUUCGAGGAAGUACGCAACCGAGGCGGCAGUAGAGCGUACAGUGUGCAAGACUCGCAGGCCCAGGCGCCCAAGCUCUCCCUGGGCAACAAGUACGACGCCCUGUCGCAAGAUCAGAGCUGAAGACACCUAUCCCGAUCGAAUCAAACGACAUGCAAUCAAUAUCACGUCGUCACCCCUCUCCGUUUCGUGGCCCAGCCGCGCCGAGAAAAUCUAUUUUCUAGACUAGGAUCCAGCGUGUGUAUCAUAGAUGUGUAUGCGCGCACACGUGCCCCGGGCUUUUGCCGUAAGCCUCGGGGGAGGGGAAUGGUAAUUCCGGUUCUUGUCGACAAGAUUUCAAAGCAAUGGUGCGACAGAUUGAUCGCCGUGUCCGCACACGUGCGGAUCUUGCAACUGAAAUACGAAUAAUGUACCGUGCAUGUGCGCAAGCUUAUUUUCAUACCGUGUAGACACGAGGUUGGGAAAAAAAGAUCGACUUUUAUAUUUCAUUUUGUAAUAUCAGCAUAGUGCGUAGUGCGCUGCUUCCAGAGAUGCGCCGGGACGGCGGAGGGGAAACGACCGCGCGACCCGGCGCACGAAUCCUCGAAACGACGGGACGGAACGGACACGUUGAUCGAGUACACGCAGAUUGCAAGUCGAAACAGAGAGAGAAAGGGAAAGAAAAAAAAAGAGUAUCAUUUGUCAAAGUAUUUCACGUGGUAUUUCGCACUUUCUUUUGUACGGUGCUACUUUAUUAAUUUAUAGCGUGCAUAUUUACUGCCACGAUGGAUGCCUUCUCAUUGGGUGUUAUCGAUGUAAAUAGGACGGGCAGGACGUUGACCUACUCUCGUCCGAACACGAUGAGCUUGGAGAUCGGCACGGCGAUAUCGCGAUAUCGGAGUUCUCGCGCGGACUAUACGCGGCAACUAUUCGCGAGAAACGUGAUACGUGAAACAGUCUCGCGCAACGCUUCUUCUUGGGUCCUCUCUUUCACCGCUUUCGCGCGGGGGAGUGUCGCGUCGCUCAACGCGGUAACGUGCGUCAACGAACGGGAACCUCUAGGUAAAUUUAAUUAAGGUGUACAUGUAUAUUAUUAUCGAAUUUCGCGGGGCUGGGCGUUGGAACGGAACGGUGCGGUGGAUAACGAAGACGAUGACGACGAAAUUAACACGAAAAUUUGAGUGAGAGUAAGGUAAACCGAGAAGCGAAAUAGUUGAAUAUCGCGAGCGUAUCGCAGUGACGUUGUACACUAAAAUAGGAGGGAGAAAGACACGCAUACACACACACACACACACAAUACACUCGUGUUAACGCAUAAAGAAAAUCCUGUAUACGCCUUUAUUGAGCAUUGUAUAAUUUUUCUUUUGUUCAUACAAGUUUUCUUUCUUGAAACGAAGAGAACGCGGCGGAUAGAUAUCAAACCCAGAAUGAUUUCUCGGGAGACGGUUUCUCGUUGUUGGCGGGCCUCCAUCGUAUUGCUAUUCCGGGACACAAUAUGGGGAGGUUUACGCCACAUGGAAACAAUAGUAACGAUUCUUGUAUAGCGUGUGAUAAAAUGUGAUUAUUUAUAAAUAAAUUUCAUAGGAUAAC